AUGCCGGACUGCAGCCGUCGCCCCUCGGGGCGGGGGUUUUGGCGGCCGCGCGGACCUGCGUCUCCUCCCUGCGCCGCUCUGCAGGGGCCACUCCUGCGGGGACCCCCGCACCGCAGCUCCAGCGCGCGGGCGCGUGGGAGGAGGGACGGAAACACGGGUGGUGGGGAUGGAGAGAGGGGGAAAGUGAAGAGAGAGAAGGGAAAGGAGCCGGAGAAAGAGAAAAUUCGGGGAAACGGAAAGGAGGAGAAAGAUAAAAAGGAGAUGAAGGAGAAAAUUAAGGAAAAAGUAAAGGGGGGAGGGAAGAGAAGUAAGAGUAAAGAGGAAAAGAGGAAAGGGCGGGAGACGGAGAAGGGGAAGGAGCAAUUUACGGAAAAAGAAGAGAAAGAGAAGGACAACAGCACGUUGGCAAAGCCCCCGCUGGAGCUGCUGGAGAAAAAUAAGCAGAUCCUAGUGCUGGGCCUGGAUGGAGCAGGAAAGACCAGUGUUCUCCACUUUCUAGCUUUAAACAGAGUCCAGCACAGCGUGGCACCAACCCAAGGUUUCAAUGCAGUGUGCAUCAGCACUGAAGACAGCCAGUUGGAGUUCCUGGAGAUUGGUGGCAGCGAACCUUUCCGUUCCUGUUGGGAAAUGUACCUGUCCAAGGGAUUGCUGCUAAUCUUUGUGGUAGAUUCAGCAGAUCACAACAGAUUACCUGAAGCCAAGAAGCACCUUCAUCAACUAAUUGGGACAAAUCCAAUCCUUCCUCUGGUUGUGUUUGCAAACAGACAGGAUCUUGAAGCAGCCUAUCACAUUACAGAUAUCCAUGAAGCUUUGGCAUUAUCUGAGGUGGGAAAUGACAGGAAGAUGUUCUUGUUCGGAACCCAGGUGACUGAGAAUGGCUCAGAGAUACCCUCCAUCAUGCAAGAUGCCAGAGACCUGAUUGCACAGCUGGCUGCAGAUGUGCAGUGA